AUGGUGCCAAAGCUUGACUAUCUGAAUGAUCAUGUUAACAGAAAGGUGCAUGAGAUAGAGUUCAUACUCAGGUGGUCUGCCGAGCAUACUAGCUUGCCUAAGAGACUUUACACAUGCGAUACACUCGUGUUCUUAAGUCUUUCCGAGAAGAUUCUCGUGGAUGUUCCUUCUCUGGCUUGCCUCCCAUCCCUGGAAGAUCGUGAACUUCACUCUGUGGUUUACAAAGAUGAAGAUUCUCUUGCUCGGCUUUUAUCAAGUUGUCCUAAUCUCAAUUAUUUGAGUGUAGAACGACGUGAUCUCCAAGACAACGUGAAACUUUUCAAUAUAAAAGCUCCAUUAUUAGAAAGCUUAUCCUAUGUGUAUGUGGAGUUAACAUCACACAACGAAGGUGGGCGGACUUUUGUUAUAGAUUGUCCCGCUUUAAAGGAAAUCUCCAUCGCUGAUUACUCGGGGGACUCUUGCUUCGUUGAGAACAAACCUCACCUUGACAAGGCAUUUAUCAGCGGUUUUUGUAACCCUGAUGACAAGUUUGUGGCAUGUCUUUCCUCAGUCAUAAAUCUCGAGUUAGUUUUGAACUUUGCAACGUUUGCGUGGUUUAACACUAUUAGCUUCUCACAGCUUCUGGAAUGUAAGACAACACUUGUAGACAAUCUAGACUGGUUACAACCACUAAUGUUUUUGCUUCAAAACUCUCCUAAUUGA